AUGCGCCACUUGACCAUAGUUAUUGUUCUUAUUGAACUUACAGCUCAUUUUCAUGUCGAAGUUAAAGGAUUGAUAUUGACAAAAAGUGAAAGUCAUACAAUGUUAUCACAGAGUCAGCCAUUAGAAACUGUCAAUCUACCUGAUAUAAUUAAAAACGAUCCUAAAUAUCGAAUUGAUUGUAAUCCGGAUAUUGAUGAGUACCGAUCUUUCUGUGAGCUUAAUCUUUCAAUAAAUCGAACUUCAAGUACAACGAAUCAAUCGUGUACAUCUCGUGGAUGUAUAUGGGAUACGAAUGUUGGAUCAGGCAUUCCUACAUGUUACAUUCCGAUUGAAAAAGGUGGUUAUGUAUUGAAAGAAGAAUCCACUCAACUUUCACCUGCCAUAACACAACAUUUACUGACUCGUCUCUCAACCAAAACAUUACAUAUACCGUCACAGUCAUUCGUCAAUUCGAUUCCUACCGGUCGAACAAAUCAAUUUUCCAUGUUUGGUCGUGAUAUUGAAAAUUUAAAGGUUCAAAUUAGUGUAUCCGGUCCUCAAAUGGUACGUAUGACUAUACGUGAUGCAAAUACAGAACGAUAUGAAGUUCCUGUUCCUAUCCGAUGGGAGCCGUCGGCUCCAACAACAGCUGCUCCAGCUAAAAUCGAAUUUCAAAUGAAAAAAACAACGAAUGAACAAGUUGGAUUUCGAGUUCAACGCACAGACACAAAAUCAAUUCUAUUCGAUACAACAUUCUUUGCCAACAGUUUUAUUUAUGAUGAUCAAUUUAUUCAAAUAAUAACAACAAUUCCAUCUAGAAAUAUUUAUGGUUUCGGCGAAAAUACUCAUCCAUCUUUUCGACAUAUUCUAAAAGGAUCAUCUCGCUAUGGAAUUUUUGCUCGAGAUCAACCGCCACAGGGUAUCAAUGAAAAUUUGUAUGGUACUCAUCCAUUUUAUAUGGUUAUUGAACCUGAUGGACAAACUUUCGGUGUAUUAAUCUUUAAUUCAAAUGCACAAGAUUAUAAAUUUGAUGAAUUUGAUAAUGAUAAAGCAAUGCUUACUUAUCGAACUAUUGGCGGUAUUUUAGAUGUGUUCUUUUUUGCUGGACCAUCCCCAGAAAUGGUCAUUCGGCAAUAUCAAACAGUAAUUGGUCGUCCUUAUAUGCCACCUUAUUGGGCACUUGGAUUUCAACUUUGUCGAUAUGGUUAUGACACACUUGGAAAUAUGAAAGCUGCUAUGUUCAGAACACUCAAUGGAAGUAUUCCUAUUGAUGUUCAAUAUGGUGAUAUUGAUUAUUUUCGAAAGAGACUCGAUUUCACUUGGAAUUCAAUAGAUUUUGAUGGUUUGCCUGAAUAUGUCAAUUGGUUACAUGACAAUGGAAUGAAAUUCAUUACGAUUCUCGAUCCAGCAAUUGACUCACAAGAAAAAAACUAUUCAACUUAUGACGAAGGAGAAAAAGCCAAUAUUUGGAUAAAAUGGCCUGCACGUCAAAAUAUUCAAUUUAAUGAAACAGGCAAUCGAAACAUGAUCGGUUAUGUUUGGCCUGAUGGCAAAACUGUAUUUCCUGACUUUUUCUAUCCACCCAGUUUCAAUUGGUGGAAAUCACAAAUUGUCGAUUAUCAUAGGAAACUGAAAUUUGAUGGCAUUUGGAUUGAUAUGAAUGAACCAGCUAAUUUUGAUACAAACAAAUUGCAACCAUGGAAUUGGAAUCUAACUGUACCUAGAAAUGAAUCAUGGAAUCUUCAUUGUCCAGUCGGUCUCGAACGUUUGGAUAAUCCACCAUAUAAAACAGCAAUUUGUGGUGAUUAUAUCUCUGAUAAAACUUUAUGCAUGAUAGGUGAACAAACCGAUGGCAGGGAAAGAACUUAUACUCAUUAUGAUGUUCAUAAUUUAUAUGGCUGGUCAAAGAUAAUUGCUACAUUACCGGCAGCACGCGCCACUGAAAAUAAACGAUCAAUUGUGAUUAGUCGAUCCACAUUUCCAACAUCUGGUACCUUUAGUGGUCAUUGGCUCGGUGAUAAUAUAGCACAUUGGUCACAUCUUAAAUAUAACAUUAUUGGAAUGUUAGAAUUCAAUUUAUUUGGUAUUCCUUAUAUUGGCGCUGAUAUUUGUGGUUUCUUUCAAAAUACAACGGAACAAAUGUGUCAAAGAUGGAUGCAAUUAGGUGCUUUCAAUCCAUUCUUUCGAAAUCACAAUGGUAACAAUGAAAACGGUAUCAAGUUUAUUGAGCAAGAUCCUGGAAUAUUUUCGCCAGCUGUAGUCACAUCGAAUCGUCGUGCAGUUGAACUACGAUAUACUCUCAUACCAUAUUUAUACACAUUAUUCUAUCGUGCUCAUAUUUCUGGCGGUACUGUUGUACGUUCGAUGGCUCACGUAUUUCCAACAAUUCCUGAAUGUUGGCCACUUGAUGAACAAUUUUUAUGGGGUUCAUCAUUAAUCAUUGCUCCAGUUAUCCAUGAAAAUCACACCAGUAAAUCUGUCUAUCUGCCUUGGACUGAACGAUGGUUUGAUUAUUAUACGGGUCAAGAAAUAAAAACACUUAAUCAAACAGUUGUUUCAGCACCCUAUGAUUUUAUACCAUUGUUUUUACGUGGUGGUACUAUAAUUCCUCAUCAACAAUCGGCUAGGAAUACUGUAGAAUCGCGUAAGAAACCUUUGUUUCUCGUUGUCGCACUAGACAAGAACAACGAUGCUUCUGGUGAUCUAUUCUGGGAUGAUGGCGAAUCGAUUGAUACUUAUGAAAAAUUGCUUUUCAAUUAUUUUAUUUUCCAUUAUAAAUCACAAAGUUUAACAAUUGAACCUUGGACAUAUAAAUAUCCACAAAUGGGCAAUGAAAUCAAAUUAGAAGAAAUCAAAAUAUUCGGUUUGAAUACAAAUCCAACGAGAAUUUUAUGGAAUGGACAAGAGUUAACACCAGUACAACAAUGGGCAUUCAAUACAACAAUGAAUGUCUUACAUAUGACAAAACUUGCAUUAGACAUGGCUAAAACACAUAAAUUCACUUUUCUUUAA